CAAAGAAAAUAACAAAUUGUGAUACAAAACGUCGUUAGUGAUUGAACGAAGACUAUGAUCAAAUUGAAUAUUUAAACUUUUAGCAACCAUAAGUACUGUGAAUAUGAUAUGAAAUUACUGAGUGUAUACCAUGUGGAAUAUUAUCUGGAUAUCAACGGUUUACUAUCAUUGUAACUACAUUCGUCAGAGAUGAAAUAUCAAUAGAGAGUCACAGUCACCUUGACCGUCGUCGAUGGACGUGCCCCUUUUUCCAGCGCCGCCAACCCUCGAGGGUGCACCGUCGUCUCUUAGUGAUACAGUAGAUGUCGCGAGGCCUGCACGUGUUCCGUCGGCCACGGUCGCGUGUCCACGUGAACGAAAUGCGCCGAAAAGCCGAGCCACGUCCAGGGCCCACAGGAUACGACGAUCGGCGCGCAGAAAUCUGGUGCACCCGAGGCCCAAUGAACAGUUUCGGCAACGGGUCACCGAGUUCCGUAUAACGAUGACGGAACGGGACCGAAACGACGAGGACGAUGACGAUGUGGUGUGCGCGAUCGACACGCCUACAACAGUUUCGGAAGAACUUUCUCCCGAACAUAAACCGGUGGUGGAGAUAAAAAAAUCUGUGAAAUCAAUAGCUGUCCAAACUAUAAUCGGUCUACCAUUACGACUGAGGCUGUUGCCGUCUGUCAAAGAUAUCGUCGAGGAUGACAACGUAAAUUCCGCCGAUGCGAAAAAAUCUUUGAAAAUAUGGAAGCAUAUCAGAUUUUUAGGAAGACUGUCGCUUUCGUUAUUCGGAUUGACGUGGUUGCUCACCAUUUGGGCGAUCGUCGGCGCGGUUGUGUUCUGCGCGAUCGAGGGGCCACGCGAGCGUGAGCAAGUCGUCACGCUGAAACACAUGCAGAAAAGUCUUGCUGUCGGUUUGGCAACGGAACUGAGACAAAUACGAACCGAGAAGGAGGAGGACGUCGAGCCCCUGUGGGCUGACAAGGUACAUGAAUACGUAGCGAAACACGAAGAAGUCCUACUGAUGGCCGUUAGCGCUGGAUACGGCGAGAAUGGAAACAGUGGACAACUUUGGACAUUUCCCGGCUGUAUACUCUUCUCUAUCUCGCUUCUCACUACACUAGGUUUCGGUGCCCCGGUUCCACGCACCACAGCCGGCCGGAUAAUAACUGUUAUUUUCGCAGCGAUCGGUAUACCUGCGCAUUUUCUUCUAGUCAUGAAUUUUGGUCUGAUACUGGCUUUACGGUUGCAGAGAUAUGCUAUAUCCAGAAUACACACUGACUACAACGAAGAGGAGAGGAAAUAUUUGGCACCGGUACCAAAAUGGGUGAAAGUGGUACCCUUCGUUUGUGUAGCCACUUAUUACCUGUUGGGAAUUCUGGGCUUCGGAGUAGCCAGAUCCAGGCCAUUUGCAGCGAGUGUUCUAUUUCCUCUAGAUUUUACAACUGCCGGAGGUCUAUCAACCAUAAUGGGUUACGUACGGAUACUGUACGGUCUUUAUCUAGAAGGUGCAGUUGCAAUUACAGCCGUUGCCGUUGCUGUGUUGCGUGUCUCAGCCACACAGAACUUAACUCAUAUCGGUCUAAAAUACGGUUUACUGAUCGAAGCUUAACUAUAUUUGUAUCAUAUUAAUUCUUCUGUUAAC